GACUGAAUAUUGCAAGCUAUCCUCUCUGAGAGUCAAAGAUGGAAGUCUUUUUCUUGUUUCAUUUCUUUCUGUUUUUCACAAUAGUAAUUAAAAGUAACCAAGAGGACCCAUGUUCGGAUAAGGUUUAUAAAGAGAUCCCUGAUUUGGCGAGAAGAAAGCCUUCGUAUUUCAUGGAUUCUGCUCCCCUCUGUGACUACGACCUAACUUAUGGAUGGUACCGAGGAGAAUAUUCGCAAAUGCCGACGUCUCCUCCAUCAUUGGCUAACUGUGGGACGCUUUAUCCCUUCUGGUUAAAUGGCAAACACCCACCUGUGAAUGGUAUGAGUACCCUCGACGCCUGCAAAGUUGGAUUUGCUAGUGAUUGUGUCGAUAAGAUCGAAAUAGAAGUUAAGAAUUGCAAUACUUAUAUGGUUUAUAAGCUACAUCCGGUGGAUUCCUGUAAUUCAGCUUACUGUUUUGGUAAAUUUUAA